AUGUCAGCACAAACAUCAACUACAUCAUCAAAUAAGAGCGCAGCCUAUGAUUAUCUAAUCAAACUGCUGUUGAUUGGAGACAGUGGAGUGGGAAAGAGUUGCCUGCUGCUUCGUUUCUCUGAGGACUCCUUCACACCAAGCUUCAUCACGACAAUCGGUAUCGACUUUAAGAUUCGUACGAUCGAGCUCGAGGGCAAGAGAAUCAAGCUACAGAUCUGGGACACUGCCGGUCAAGAGCGUUUCAGAACCAUCACAACUGCCUAUUACCGUGGUGCCAUGGGUAUCCUUCUAGUAUACGACGUCACUGAUGAGAAGUCCUUUGGAAACAUUAGAAAUUGGAUUAGAAACAUUGAACAACAUGCCACCGAGUCAGUUAACAAGAUGCUUAUUGGAAACAAGUGUGAUCUGCCGGAGAAGAAGGUUGUUGAUAGCUCGCGAGGAAAGGCCCUGGCGGACGAGCAUGGUAUCAAGUUCCUAGAGACCUCUGCCAAGAAUAGUAUAAACGUCGAGGAGGCCUUUAUCACGCUUGCCAAGGACAUCAAGAAGCGUAUGAUUGACAACAGAGACGACAUUGCACCACAACCAGACAAAAACACUGCCAACCUAAGCAGUGGCAACACCAAAGCAAGCAAGACCACCUGCUGUGGAAAAUAA